GAUUGGACGCCACUUCUAUGACGUAACGGUAAACUCCGCUGUGAUUGGUCACUUGCUCGCUUUUACCUUAGUGCACAUCCUCUUCACUGUUGUACCGGAAUACGAGCAACAAACACAAGAUCUCACCAUGGAUCUUGUGCUGAAUGUUGCGGAUCAUUACGUCCUCACCCCCUACGUGUUCCCGGCCUCCUGGCCUGAGGGAGGGCGCUCUGAGGGCAGAUCCUCAGCCCUGCUGGUGCUCACCAACCUGGGGGCCGCCGUCCUCUACCUGGGCCUCGGAGCCAUCAGCUACUUCUUCAUCUUCGACCACAAUCUCAUGAAACACCCACAAUUCCUCGAGAAUCAGGUUCGGAGAGAGAUCAAAUACGCGAUGACCUCACUUCCUGUGAUCAGCCUUCCCACUGUGGCUCUGUUUUUCUAUGAAGUCCGAGGGUACAGCAAACUGUACGACAACGUCCACGACUCUCCGCUGG